AUGGAACGUUGGACGAAUCGCGUGGCCGUCGUCACUGGAGCCAGUUCCGGCAUCGGAGCAGAGCUCUCCCGCAAGCUGGUAGCCGCCGGCGUGGUGGUGGUGGCCCUUGCCCGUCGUCUCGAUCGUUUGGAGCAACUGCGCCAGGAUCUGCCCGAGGAGGAGCAACGCCAACGUCUCCACCUCCGUCAGUGUGAUGUCACAGACGUGGUGGCCGUCAAUUCCGUGUUCGAUUCGAUCAAAGAUCAGCUGGGCGGUGUGGAUAUCCUGGUGAAUAAUGCCGGAAAGCUAUCUGGUGGACAACUGCUCACCAUGCCCCUGGACAUCGUCCAGCAAGUCCUGCAGACGAACGUGAUGGGUGUGGUGCAGUGCACCCAGCGGGCCUUUGAAUCGUUGAGGGAGCGGCAGGUUACAGGGCAUGUGGUGCUCAUCAAUAGCAUUGUGGGUCAUUAUCUCUUCAAUCCACUUCCCGGGAGCCAGCAGGAGCUCAACAUGUAUCCUGCCACCAAGCACGCCCUCACCGCCCUAACGGAGCUCUUCCGGCAGGAGUUGCGGGAUUUUAAGACGCAGGUCAAGGUUACGAGCAUCAGUCCUGGGCUGGUGGACACGGAAUUGGUGCCGCAGGCCUACAAAACACUGCCCAUGUUGCAGGCCGAGGAUGUGGCAAAUGCGAUUAUGUAUGCCCUGGCCACGCCCCCGCAUGUUCAGGUGCACGAACUGACCAUCAAGCCAAUGGGUGAGCCCUUCUAAGCAAAGGACAAAAGGCUGGAAGGACAAUAAAGGACACCCCACGCACUUGGCACUUUCAAGUUGUGUUUUUUUUUGUUUUUUCUUGAAUUUAUAAAGCAUUACGACACACCGGUUCUUGAGGCCAAGUACACUUAUGAACUGAAUAAUUUCUGCAACUGGAAAAGGGCUAAAGGCACUGAAAGAAAUUGUAUAAUAAAAGAUACAAAAAUAACUUUAAU